GAAAGAAAGCCCUGAAACCUGAGGAGAAGCUACCCUUGGUGACACGCCUGAGAAGUGCAUUAAUAGAAGCCUCCCUCAGGCCCCUGACACGUCUGGACAGCUGCUCAGUCCCGUCUGGUGUCCCUCAGCCCCAAGGCCAGCCCCCUCUGGCUCAGCCGGACACACUAAACUUAGCGUCCAGCCCCAGCUUGAUAAUCGCCGCCACCUCCCCAGCCUGGCUGCCACCUGCCCGGGAGACACCGCCAUUGGACCCGCUCCCCCACCACGGCCAUGUCCCAGACCAAAGCACCGAAGGUCCGAGCGACCCUCUUCUGCAUCCUGGUGGGCAUCGUGCUGGCUAUGGUGGCCGUGGUGACCGACCACUGGGCGGUGCUGAGCCCCGAGGUGGAGCACCACAACGCCACCUGCGAGGCAGCCCACUUCGGCCUCUGGCGGAUCUGCCUCAAGCGGAUUUUCAUAAGUGACAGCAAGGACAAGACCUGCGGACCCAUCUCCCUGCCUGGGGAGAAAAACUGUUCCUACUUCAGGCAUUUUAACCCAGGAGAGACCUCAGAGAUCUUCGAAGUCACUACUCAGAAAGAGUACAGCAUCUCGGCCGCCGCCAUCGCCAUCUUCAGCCUCGGCUUCAUCAUCAUGGGGACCAGCUGCGCGCUUCUGUCCUUCAGGAAGAAGCGGGAUUACCUGCUGAGGCCGGCGUCCAUGUUCUACGCGUUUGCAGGUCUGUGCAUCUUCGUGUCGGUGGAGGUCACACGGCAGUCGGUGAAGCGCAUGAUCGACAGCGAGCACACCGUCUGGAUCGAGUACUACUACUCUUGGUCCUUCGCCUGCGCCUGCGCCGCUUUCGUCCUCCUCUUCCUCGGCGGCCUGGCCCUCCUGCUUUUCUCCCUGCCUCGAAUGCCACAGAACCCCUGGGAGUCCUGCAUGGACGCUGAGCCCGAGCACUAGCCCUCCAGGCCACCCCCUCCACCCCCACCCCCACCGUCACCCGCGGGGCUUUCCCCUCGGGAAGCCGAGCCUUGCCCAGAACGUUCUAGAGAGGAAGCGGGAGCUUUACCUCUCCCCCAUCCCACCUGCCCCACGACAGCCGCUGCUGCUGCCCUCUCUUGAGCCCUUCUCUGGGCUGUGACAGGCUCCGCCUGGGUGUCCAGCACAGGGACCUGACCCAGACUUGCCCGUGGUGGGAGAGAGGCAGGCAAGGCUAGCAGGUGCAAGGUGGGGGAGACCUUCCCCUGGAGGUCAACGUUGUCCCCACUGAGCCAGUUGUCCUUGAUAAGCUGGGUCCAGUUGUCCUCUGGUAGCCCUGUAGGGACGCCCAGUGCUCAUUUACCGAUUCUGGGCGUUGGCCCGAGCCAGUCGCCAGCCACUCCCUCCAUCUCCGGGACAAAAUACACCCUUUCCAGUGAACUGAACGUUCCCUCCUUGAUUUCCAAGAUGCCCGAGGAGCAUUUUUUUUUAAAACUGGGUAGAACCUGACUGUGGUUUGAAAUAAAAGCUCUUUGAAAACUUUU